AACCCAGUGGCAUGUCAAGGUUGUGUACAGUCAGUUGUCAUAACCUGACAAAGUCAAAACUGAUCAAUGACAGAUGCAAUUGGUUAUGCAGCACUUAUGACCGUUAAAGUAAGCGUAAUGACAGGUGUCAUUUGCCCACAGGCGUCAAUGCUAUGUUGAGGAAGGUGGCUGGUGCCGCGGCGUCCAAACCUCACGUGGAGAUCAGGCAGAAUGGGGAGCAGUUCUACAUAAAGACCUCCACCACCGUGCGCACCACCGAGAUCAACUUCCUCAUAGGCCAGGAGUUCAAUGAGGAGACGGUAGAUGGCAGGAAGUGCAAGAGCCUGGCCACAUGGGAGACCGAGAGCAAAAUGUACUGCAGGCAGACUCUUCUGGAUGGCAACGGCCCAAGGACCUUCUGGACCAGAGAGCUGAAGGGAGAUGAACUCAUACUGGUGAGGAAGUUUGUGACUAAAGAAAGGUAG